UGAUAACUGUUAUCAGAUUCAUUAUACCAAAUUGCCUCUCCGAUAACUGAUUGUAACAGUCACAGUUAUCUGCAAUUGGACAAAGUACACACAACACGGACCACGUGACUGUGGUAAUGAAACACUUGAGAAAACGUACGGAUUUACUUUCCUAUUUUGCUAGACGUCCAAAAGGCUAAAUUCAUGCCCGUUCUGAGAUCUGAACAUAACCGAAAAAGGAACUGCUAACAAUGUUGAAGACAUGCUUAUACGUUUACAUAGUUUUGGUGUCCUGUUACAAUUAUGCACUGUCCAAUGUCCUCCCUACAAGUGGACGACCGCUUAAUCUACCACCUGAUUUAAUAGAUGCAGUAAGCCGACACGAUCACGGUUCGUCGUCAGUCGAGACGGACCCCGGUUUUCCUGGUGUCAGAUAUGCCCCCAAGCUAGACACCCCUGACGUAAACCAAGGGAGUUACACAGACAACAGCGAACUUAGACACAAUGACGCAGCGGAACUGCCUGAAAUUGGUUCUGAUAGGUACGAUCGCGAACUAUCAGCAGAAAACAGGACACUGAAAGGUAAGGAUCAUGGCCCGAGUCACAACAAGCGUGACAUAGAAGCUGCGUCCUCAUACGAAGACGGAAGUAGUUGGCAAGGGAUUGAUUUGUCAUCUGAAACUCAUACUAACGACACAAGCGAUACUGGUAUAUUGUUCGACACAAUGCAUGGUAAUGAUGAUCAACCUAUUGAACAGCAUGCUGGUGGUUUCCAAUCUACAAACACUGUCCGAGAACCAGAGCAUAGACCGUUCCUGCUUGACAGCAGCGUGGAAAAGGUCAGUCCUCAGCUGCCGACGUUAAGUACAAGAACAACACCGAGAAUGAACGCACUGUUAGAACACGGCGUAGACCAUAUCAACGUAGAUGAAAGUGGUUUACCUGGUUAUAUAGAUAACCAUCACAUUGAAAAUGAAGAACGCCAUUCUAAUGCCAAUCUACAGGAACAAACAAAUAAAAUGUUGCAAACUACGGAAGAAAACACACCUGCUGUUCGUGAGAGCAGUAAUGAAUUAGGUCAUAUUGCCUACCUGUCAAAUGGAGGACCAGAGUAUGAAAGCAGUCAUCAAACGCAUAGUGAAUUUGGGGAUUCACACACGGGUGUUGAUGUACCAAUUGAUAAAGGUGUCCAUGUUACCCCUGGUUACAUUGUAAAUGCCAGUAACCAAUGGACAACGUCAAACCUAACUAACAGACCAUCAAUAGAAAUCAGAAAUAUAACUAUAGAAAAGAUCGCUAUUUUACCAACUCCUGCAUCGACAGAGAGCAAUGGACGCGUUGAACCAACUGAUGAUCAUAGAAACAUUCCCGUGGUUGAUCACGGACAUGGCAAUAUUGCAAUCAUUGACGGUAACUCUGAGGAGCUGACCGGUCAUGCGGCCGGACAUGAAACGGAAGGGCACGAGGCGGGCACCCACGAGCACACGGGUGACGGACACUUGGUCCCAGGUGAAGGUCAUAUCGAGUCGCAUACGACUAUACCCGCACCAGGUGGUGUCGCAAAACCAGACAAGGAGGAGGGAAAAGAAUGGGAUAUCAAACCCACUACAAGGUCGACUAAUUAUAAUGCGUCGACUGAGGCAUUAACAUUGCGUGUCUUGGAGCCAUCCAAAGAAAGUAUUGAACCAACAUUGUCCUAUGAAUCACAUAACGAUAGUUCAUACCCUGCAAGACACAUGCCAUCAUUUUAUUCAGAUUACGAGUACGACAGUGACUUUUAUUUUAUUACAGACUUUUUGAGCGGUGAAAGAAAUACCGCGGUUGUGUCAGGUACCACUUCUGAAAACACAUCUCCAAUUCUAACAAGUACACAUUCAACCAUAACUUCGUCGUCUGUCACCAGUAUGGUGAACCCCUCAUCAUCCCCUCGCGAUACCGCAUCAACAACAAUUUCUGAAACAAAUCAUAAAGUUUUAUUUUCAACUAAAACAAGUGAAUCAACUGAGCAAUCUCUUGAUACGUUCCAAUCGUCUGAAAUGGUUCCAUCGUUUUAUAGCUCUGCUCGCACUGGCACCAAUACUGAAUUGUCCGAAAGAACCAGACACAUACCAGAACAAACACAGUAUCUUGAACCAUCUUCAUUUCGAUAUAACUUUGUUUCAAGCAGCACCAGUAUACUACAUUAUACACAGACACCAUCAACGGCCUUGACAUCUGCAUCAUCGUCUUCGCGGUAUUCAGGUGAAUUAACGGAUACUUUACCUUCCGACAGCGGAGUAUUGACGAUUUCAACGUCACCUCCUUCAAUUGCAACCUCAGUCCCAUUACAAGAACAGCGGACCAUUAUCGCAACACCCAGUCAGACGCUUUAUGUAACACAGAUGACAGAUACACCAGACCAAAACUCUGAAUCCCAUAGGAAUGUAACGAAUUUUGUUACAAUCCCAUUUAUUGCUAAAAACGAAUCAACCCAUCAUUCUGAGGAGCCGGAACGAGAAUUAAUCCCUACAACUAUGAGUUCAGUCAAUCAAAAUGCUACCACCAGACCCGGGGUAACUCAGCCUUUCCUCGGAAAUACAACCACUACAACUACCAUAUUUACCAUGGCGGUAAAUACGUCUCGGCGAACUUUAAAGCCUUUUUCCAGGAUAUCAUUGCCACCAAUUCUUACCGAAUUUACAAGACUGACAUCUGCUGCCAGUCUCCCAAACACAAGUGUUAGCUCCUUGGUGACCGGGAACCAGGUAGUCUCGAGCACCACCACACCAGUAGGCAGAACUACGAAGAAAACGGGAACCACUAAAGACAAGGAUGAACCUGACGUUGGAGGCAAUGAUGGACGUGUCACCGCGAGGCCUGCACACAAAUCUACUCUGGGACCGGAUGUGUCACUUUCUCCGCCGGUGUUCAUACAGAUCUCUCUACGAAUGAGCUGGGUACAGUUCUGCUCCGCCAAAACCAACUUCAUCAGCACGCUGAGCGAGAUACUGAGCGUGAAAAAGGACGUGUCGCUCACCAUCGAACAGAUUAAAAUACCUAAUCUACCUAUGGAGUACUGUCCUACCGACCUGAACCCUCUGUUGCUGGACAGCGAUGCGCCAGGUGAGAUCACAGUGGAGAUGUACAUCGUGGACAGGGCGGGCAAGGUGGACAUCACCCUCACUGUGGACGCCUCCAGCGUGUUAGAGAAGGGCUUCAGGGACUCCACGUCCAUCUUCAAGGACAAGAUUGUGACAGUGACCCUGCAGCGCCUGCACACGAGCCCACCUGACCCCGUGGUCAACACGAGUCAGAAAGCGCACAGCGGCGUUACCAUGGUGAUCAUCAUAGCGUCCGUGGGCGGCGUGUGUUGCGUUAUGCUGGUCGUCCUGCAGGUAGUGCUACUGCAUCGGCGUGUAAAGGCGAAGAAGGCUCGGUUCUUUGUGAGUCAGCAGCCCUCGAUCCACAGCCUGGACCACGUGGCGCUGGGGGCUAUCCCUAAGUCGCGACCCGGAAGUGGCUACUGGAACCCGGCACUGGCCGACACGGCCGAGCUGCCGGAGAUAGCAGAGUAUUCACACACGAUGUCAUACUCGGCCCUGGCCAAUUUCUGUAUGGAUGAGGCUGCGGUGCAGGCCGAGUUUCAGACGAUCCCCGAGUGCACGGUGGACUCGAGCAGUGUACCGGUCGGGGUGGAAGACAAGAACCGCUUUGCUAACGUUCUCCCACAUAAACACAGUAGGGUGAAACUGCAGACGGAUGAUGUCAACACCUCCGACUACAUUAAUGCCAACUAUGUCAACGGCUACAUGGGGGAGCGCAAGGUGUACAUAGCGACCCAAUCACCGCUCGUGAACACCGUGAACGAUUUCUGGCGGAUGGUGUGGCAGGAGCAGUCACGUGUCGUCCUCACCCUCAACCCGCUUGGAGCAAACGGAAAGCCAAAACAGAGCACGUGCUAUUGGCCGGACAGCUUGAACACUGACCAACGGCGAGAGUUCAGUGACCUCAUCGUGACAUUAAAAAAGAGGGACGAGCAGCGUGACUAUGUGGACUGUACACUAGAAAUACUGGAUAUUGAGCGCAAUUUGAAGCGCCAGGUGCACCACUUUCAGCUUACCUGCUGGCCGGACACGCGGCCUCCGGAGCCGCUUUCCCUGGUCAAGUUCGUGCUGGACACGAGGCCGCAUUAUGAGAACAGCCGCAAACCGGUCAUCAUUAAUUGCGGCCCCGGCACGGGCCGCACGUGCACACUGAUAGCCCUGGACACGUGCAUGCGGAUGUUCGAGGACCAGCGGCGCGUUGACGUGUUUGGCUGCGUGCACAGACUGCGGGGGGAGAGGGCAGGGGCCGUACAGACCAGGGAACAGUACCUCCUCCUCUACCAGGCAUUGAACGAGUAUGCGGUGAUCUUGAACAGCCCAUCGGUAUCCACGCGUAGUUCCGUCAUCACCCUACACGCCAUGCUGUAAAAAUAUACCAUGUGACACAUAACACGUGACACAUUCCACCAUCACCUUACUGGCCUGGCUUCGUAGUGUGUAUGCAGAUUUUGAUACUUUCCUUCGGCUGGCAGGCCAGUUUUGUGUCGAAUUAUAUUUUUAAUUAAACUAAGCGAUAAAGCCAGUAAGGUUUAAAAUCACACGAAGUGUAAUUAAAUUUCUCAAAUUCCACCAAAGAUUUUCGAGAUAGACGAUACCAGACGUUCUGUUUUAUACAUGUUUGUAUUAUUUCAUCAUAGUUUAGUUUAUAUUAAAAAAACAGUGUUUUGUUAUCAGUUGCUUUGAUUAAAAUGUUUUAUGUAAAGAUCUUUAUUAUUUAAAAUGACUUGCUUCAAUAGCGCCAGGUCAAUUUAACAAUCAUGCUUGUUAUAUGUUUAUAUAAUUAUGAUUGCAGUUUGCAUAAUUUGCAAUAGUGUUUUAUUGCCGUGUAAGAUUGCACGGCUGUAAACAGACCAAAUUACGUUAAAACUAUUGCAAUCUCAAAUGGAAUAUCAAUUCUAUGUGCAAUAUGAUAUAAAAUGUUUUACAGUUUAUUAGUAAUGUUUCAAUGUGUGCUCAUGCUAUUCUACACCGGUUUUUUUUUCAUUUGAAUAAACAUUUGAUUAUU